CGUUCUCUCGCACACUCUCUCCUCCCUCUCCCCGUCCCUUUCUCAUCCUUUCGGCCCAGCUCAUGCAAAUUGAGCCCUCCUCCGCUCCUUUGAUUCCUCAGUAGAAAUGGUAUACAUCAACAGCCAGAAAUUCGCCUGCGAAUCAUGCAUAAAGGGCCACCGCUCUUCCUCUUGCGCACACACCGACCGCCCGCUCUACGAGAUCAAGAAGAAAGGACGCCCCGUCUCCCAGUGCGAGCGCUGCCGCGAACUGCGCAGCACAAAACGUGUCCAUUCGAAAUGCACAUGCUCCGAUGCACGGACCUCGAGAAGCCAUGAAGCCGAGAAGUCAUUUGGCACCAAGCAAAAGCGAUACAUUCCCAUUGUGCCCGCCUUGCCGAACGGUCUCAAGGACGCCUUGGCGCCCAGCUCUCGACCUGUGCGCCCGCCUGAUCCGCGCCAGAGAGUCGACUCGCUGCUCAACCCCUGCCCGUGCGAGGACGUGUGGAACUGUCAAUGCCGAGCGAGCACCUCCGCAGCGGCGACGGCCGCCCUCGACCGCGGUGCCCUAAACAACGGUCUCGCCACGCUCGCACGCGCAGCCGCGCUAUGUUGUGUCAACGACUCCGCAUCGCCUCCCACACCCACACCCACACCCCCGCAGAGCACACACGGUGCGGCAUCCCCCGCGCUGAAACAUCCCCGCGCGCCCACGCCCACGGCCUCGCCCACCCAGUCCUCCCGUGCCCACCCCUGCGCCCACCCCCGCGCGCAGCCGAAACGCGCCAAGCGGGCCCAGUCGCCCGAGCGCGGGCCCGCCCUCCCGCCGCUGCUCUUCCCGCCCGCCGCAUCCCCCUCUAUGCCCGCCUUCCCGUUCUCCCCGCCCCAUCUAUACCCGUCCUCGCACGCGCCCGCGGGAGGAGGCGCGGCCCGGACCUUGAUGCCCCCGUUCAGCGCGCUCACGCGGCUCGCGGGCUCGGGGUGCACGUGUGGGCUGCGGUGCGCGUGCCCGGACUGCGCCGAGCAUCGGGGCGCGGACGACGCGCAGCCGGGGGAGGAGCACAGCGUCGGCGCGGCGUUCGAGGCCGCGAUCAGCGGGCACGGUGCCGGCGUCGGUAGGGGUCGCGAGAGCAGGGAGGAGCACGCGGCGAGCGUCGACGGCCACGGUCACGGUCACGGCCAUGGCCACGUCCGGCGGGACUGCGGAGACGGGUGCGGGAACUGCGUCGACGAAGACGUGAUGGCGCUCGACCUGAGCAAAGUGAGCUUCGGGCUCGGUGCCGAACGCGCGUCGGCGGCGGCGGCGGCGCGCGGGCCUGUCCUCGGGCAGACGGUGCUGGAUCGGUUUUUUGCGCAGGCGGCGCGCAUCCCGCUGCCCGGCGCGGACGUCGAGCUGCCGAAGCUGUGCUGCGGCGGCGCGUGCGCGUGCGGCGGCGCGUGUGGGUGCGGGGGGAGCUGCCAGGGCUGCUGUGAGGACGAGAACAACGAGGAGGAGAGCCAGACGGCGGCGCGCGAGCGCGUGGAAGCGGCUGCGACGGGGUGUUGUGGCUAGAUUGGGGAAAUAUCUCAGUUUUUUUAUUUUCUUUUCCAGAUCUUGCGUUGCGGUUUGUCUGCUUCUAUUUUAUUUUUUGUGUUACUUCUUUCGCCCUCUUGCUCACUUUUCACUUUUUUACUUUCUUCUGGCCCUCUGGUCUCUCACGAGGCGAUGCAUGCUCGGGCACAUGCGCGGAUGUAUAUCUAUGGUUGCCACGAUCUCUCUUCCACGCCCCCUCUUUUGUCGUUCGUUCCUGUUGCACGAUAUCACGCGUGUACGAUGCGGUACCACUCAGGGAACAGGCGUUAUUAUCCCUCCUC